AGGAAAAUUUGGAACUUCUUUUAUAAUAUCAACAAGACAUUUGGGGCCAAAUAAAUCCUCUCCGUUACACAAAAUCAAAAAUGGCAUACAAUUGGCAAACAGAGCCAAACCGCGCUGAACCACAGGAAGGUCGACAUGAUCACCAACAGUGUCACCAUGCAGACCAGCACCUUUCUUCCAGGCAAGUCAGGUUGGGUUUUGAUCAGCUUGUGGAAGAGCUCAGUAACAAAACUCCACUGCCUGAGGAUGAAAAAGAAGACUCAUGUUUUGUACCAGAUACACCAAACUUGGAUUCAAAAUGGCAAUCCGUAUAUGGAACCCACCCAAGACACUUCAAUGAAUUCACUUCUCAGAGUCCCCACUUCUCCCAGCUUCAUUUUGGAAAAGCAUCAGCCAUUGGUUUUAAUCCUGCUGUAUUACCUGCACAUCAGUUCAUUCAUGAGGGAGCCUCCUGGAGAAAUCCCACGAGAAAAUAUCAUGGUGGUGAGGACCCCAGGUUCAGUGCUCUAACUCCAUCAUCCACUGGCUUGGAUAAAUGUCAUCCACAAGGACAGUCAGGGACCGAACAUUGUAACUAUUAUGUGGAACUUGAAGGCAAUAUUCCCCAUCACUAUUCACCCUACUCGAUGGACUCCAUACCCGAUAGUGAGGAAAAAGGAAGUGGAGAUGUGGAUCUUGUAGAACCUUCUCUGGUGUUCUCUAAAGACUCCUUUCUACCCAGGGCAUCGGAGAACGUGUCAGAAAGCACAGAGCCUAUCGGUGGUCCCCUUGAAAUAGUUGAAGCACCCCAAGGGAGUAACAAGAGCCUCGCCUCCUUUUGCAACAAUGUAACAAAAAUAAGAGGACUAUAUCAUGCAAGUGACACUAAUUCCAAUUCCGGGAAGAUCUGGGCCAUCACCACAGCCUAUCCAUCUCGGCUCUUCGCUGACACCCAGUUCAGAGUUAAAAUUUCCACUGAUAAGUCGGCACGGCUUCUUCUUCUUAAGCCACCCGCUAAUUAUCUUGUCAAAGACCUAAUUGCCGAAAUUCUACUUUCAUGUGCAAAUGAGCAGCUUUCCCCCAAAGAGUAUCUUCUAAGUAUAUGCGGUUCUGAGGAAUUUUUACAGACGGAUCACUGUCUAGGGAGCCACAAAAUAUUUCAGAAAAGUAAAUCUGUCAUUCAACUCCAUCUCCAGAGAAGCAGGGACACUCCAGGAAAAUUAUCCCGGAAGAGGGAAGAUGACCACAGUCGGUUCCAUCUGAACCAACUUCUAGAAUUUACACAUAUUUGGAAAAUAUCCAGACAAUGCCUCUCCACAGUAAUGAAAAGCUACAACCUCCAUGUCGAGCACCUGUUGAAAACCCAGGAAGAUGUGGAGGAGAAACCUCUGUCAUCCAUGUUUUCCUGUGGCCGACACCCUCCUCAGCCACAUGGGAAUGACGUUAUUGAAGAUGUUAGAAACAUAUGCAGUGUUCUGGGGUGUAUUGAAACCAAACAAGUUUCAGAUGCAGUAAAAGAACUAACUCUAUUUCUGCAGAGACCAUCACAGAAUUUUCAUCAGAAUUCAGAGACUUCAAAAAAAGGCUUCAUAGAGAACGUGACAGCGGAACUGUCGAGGUCCCUCCAUCAGCUGGUUGACGUGUACUGCAGUAGCUUUUGUACAGAUUUCCGGCCUGCGCACGCACCUGGAGGCGUCUCCCGUGACCACGCUGGGCUCCACUCCCACCUGAGCUUCACGGUGUGUUCCCUGCACAAUGUUCCAGAGACUUGGGCACACAGCUACAAAGCAUUUUCGUUUUCCUGCUGGCUCACAUAUGCUGGGAAGAAGCUGUGCCAAGUGAAAAGCUGCAGAUCCCUGCCAGUCACAAAGUCAUUCUCUUUUUCGGUGAACUGGAAUGAAAUAAUCAACUUUCCUCUUGAGAUAAAGUCACUUCCAAGAGAAUCCAUGCUCAUUAUAAAGCUGUUUGGGAUUGACAGUGCCACCCACAGUGCAAAUCUGCUGGCCUGGACCUGCCUUCCACUGUUUCCAAAAGAAAAGUCUCCGCUGGGGUCUAGGCUGCUCAGCAUGACACUACAGAGUGAGCCUCCUGUAGAAAUGAUGGCUCCAGGAGUAUGGGAUGGGAGCCAGCCUACCCCACUGACCCUGCAGAUAGAUUUUCCGGCUGCCGGGUGGGAGUACGUGAAACCUGAGACUGAAGAGAACAGAACUGACCACCAAGAGGCUCCAAGAGAGUGUUUAAAACACAUCGCCAGACUCUCCCAAAAGCAGUCUCCCUUGCUACUUUCUGUGGAAAAGAGGAGAUAUUUGUGGUUUUAUCGUUUCUACUGCAACAAUGAGAACUCCUCCCUCCCUCUGGUCUUGGGCAGCGCCCCUGGUUGGGAUGAAGGGACAGUUUCGGAAAUGCAUGCCGUCUUGAGGAGGUGGACAUUUUCCCAUCCGUUGGAAGCUCUUGGCCUUUUGACUUCCAGGUUUCCAGACCAAGACAUUCGGGAAGUUGCCGUUCAACAGUUAGACAACCUCUUGACCGAUGAGCUGCUGGACUGCCUCCCACAGCUAGUUCAGGCUGUCAAGUUUGAGUGGAGUCUCAAAAGUCCCUUGGUGGAACUCCUGCUUCAUCGAUCCUUGCAAAGCAUCCGAGUGGCUCACCGCCUGUUCUGGCUGCUGCGGGAUGCACAAGGUGAAGACUACUUUAAAAGCUGGUACCAGGAGCUUCUGGCCGCUCUCCAGUUCUGUGCAGGAGAAGCCCUGAUCGAAGAGCUUUCCAAGGAGCAGAAACUUGUCAAACUCCUGGGUGAUAUUGGAGAAAAAGUGAAGUCGGCCGGCGAUGCUCAGAGAAAGGAUGUGCUAAAGAAGGAGAUUGGCAGUCUAGAAGAAUUCUUUAAAGAUAUAAAGACUUGCCAUCUUCCUCUGAACCCGGCCCUGUGCGUAAAAGGAAUUGAUUGGGAUGCAUGUUCAUAUUUCACAUCUAAUGCCUUGCCAUUGAAGAUCACUUUCAUCAAUGCUAAUCCAAUGGGCAAAAAUAUCAGUGUUAUUUUUAAGGCCGGCGACGAUCUUCGGCAGGAUAUGCUUGUUCUGCAGAUUAUUCAAGUGAUGGACAACGUUUGGCUUCAGGAGGGCCUUGAUAUGCAAAUGAUCAUUUAUGGAUGUCUAGCCACAGGAAAGGCUCAAGGAUUCAUAGAGAUGGUGCCUGAUGCUGUAACGCUUGCUAAGAUCCAUCUGCACUCUGGGCUGAUAGGACCUCUGAAAGAAAACACCAUCAAGAAGUGGUUCAGUCAGCACAACCACUUAAAGGAAGAUUAUGAAAAGGCCUUGAGGAACUUUUUUUACUCUUGUGCUGGCUGGUGUGUGGUGACAUUCAUCUUGGGAGUCUGUGACCGACAUAAUGACAAUAUCAUGCUGACAAAGUCAGGCCACAUGUUUCAUAUUGACUUCGGAAAAUUCUUGGGUCACGCACAAACAUUUGGCGGUAUAAAAAGGGACCGAGCGCCUUUCAUUUUUACUUCAGAGAUGGAGUACUUUAUUACGGAGGGUGGGAAAAACACACAGCAUUUUCAAGACUUCGUGGAGCUCUGCUGCAGAGCCUACAACAUUGUCAGGAAGCACAGCCAGCUGAUCCUGAGCCUUCUAGAAAUGAUGCUGCAUGCUGGGCUUCCUGAGCUGAGGGGGAUUGAAGACCUGAAAUACGUACACGACAAUCUCCGCCCACAAGACACAGACCUGGAAGCCACAAGUCAUUUUACCACGAAGAUAAAGCAGAGUCUGGAGUGCUUCCCAGUUAAACUGAAUAACCUGAUCCACACGCUUGCACAGAUGCCAGCCUUCAGCCUUGCCAGACCUGCCCCUCAGACUCCUCCCCAGGAGUGCUGCAUCCUGAAUAAAACCAGGACAAUCCAGAGAGUCGCAAUCUUAGGGUUCAGCAAGACACACAGCAACCUGUACCUGAUCGAGGUGACACGCAGCGACAACAGGAAAAACCUGACCAAAAAGUCCUUCGAGCAGUUUUACAGACUUCACAGCCAAAUUCAGAAGCAGUUCCCCUUGUUGUCUCUCCCAGAGUUUCCUCACUGGUGGCAUCUACCUUUCACAGACUCGCACCAUAAGAGAAUCCGAGAUCUAAGUCACUACGUGGAACAGGUGCUGCACAGAUCUUACGAAGUCGCAAACAGUGAUUGCGUACUCAGUUUUUUUCUCUCUGAACAUAUACAACCGACCCUUGAAGACUCUCCAUUUGUGGACCCAGGUGACCAUUCUCCAGACAAGAGCCCCAAGGUGCAGUUGCUGAUGACCUAUGAGGAUGCAAAGCUCACCAUCCUAGUGAAACACUUGAAAAACAUUCAUCUCCCAGAUGGCUCCGCGCCCAGCGCACAUGUUGAAAUUUAUCUUCUGCCACAUCCCAGUGAAGUUCGCAGGAAGAAAACAAAGUGCGUUCCAAAAUGCACUGACCCAACUUACAAUGAAAUUGUGGUGUAUGAUGACGUCUCGGGGCUCCAGGGACAUGUUUUAAUGCUCAUUGUGAAGAGCAAAACUGUGUUUGUGGGAGCGGUUAACAUUCAGCUCUUCAGUGUCCCCCUCAAUGAAGAAAAGUGGUACCCAUUAGGAAACAGUAUCGUCUGACCAAUGCCAUGAAUGUACACAUUAUUGAUUAAGUACUUGUGUGUUUUCAGCUUCCAUUUCCCCUUUAGCAUACACAAGGCAUCCUUCUUGCGGAAGAUGGCUUGGAGCAGUGGUUAUCACCCUCCCUAAUGCUGCAACCCUUUAAUACAGUUCCUGGUGAUUGUAGUGACCCAAAUCACAAAAUUAUUUUAAUUGCUACUUCACAACUGUAAUUUUGAUACAGUUAUGAAUUGCAAUGUAAAUGUCUGAUCUACAGGAUACCUACUAUUCUACCCCUGUGAUAAAAAGGUCAUUGGACGGUCCCAAAGGGUCAUGACUCAUGGGUUGAGAACCACAGGCUUAGAGUGGUCACAGAAGAAGCAGAUCAAAAUCAGUCUUUUGUAGCUCUUUCUUCUCUACCUUCUCCUUAUUUUCUUAUCAUAUUUUCUCCUUGGAAUAUUCAUCAUGGAAAAUUCUAUAUGCAAAGUCAUGAAAGAUUGAUUCAUUUAAUAUGCAUUUUUGAAUCAAACUAAGUUCAUGUCUUGCCUUAAUUGCUUGUUGAGGUCAAAAUUAUACUUUUAGGGUGUUUUCUAAAGCUAGGAGAAGCUCAUGUAAGGGUUAAGAAUAUCUGCAAUAUAUUUCAAAAGUUAAAUAUGUGUACAAACCACAUGUCUAAUCAUGAUUGAAUUUAUCGAGAGAAUUGAUGAUCUCCAACCAUGUGCUAUAAUUUUUCUAUCAAAAAAAAUCCCUAAGAUUUUUCUAUUACAUAGAUUUUUUUUCUUUAAGAAUUUCAUGCAUGUAUAUAGUGCUUUCGUUACUCUAGCUUCUCUCCUUUUUAGUUGUCCUCACACCUAUCAACAACUGUUCUUCUCUAAAACUCCUGUAUGCCUGUGGGGAGUUUUAUUUUUAAGAUGGGCAUCAAACUAUAUAUCCCAGCUGACCUAGAAUUUGCUAUGUUGACCAGCUGGGCCCCAAAUCACAGUGGUCCUCCUGCCUCUGUUUCCCUACCGCUAAGGUUCCAGGUCAUUGGAUCUUGUCUGUAAUUUUUAAGUUCAGUUCUUAGAAUUUGAUAUUGAUCAAUCCAUUGUCAUUGUGUCUCCAGCCUCUGUCAUGUUCACACCUUAAAUCUUAUUAAUCUCCAAACCCAAAAUAUCAAACUUUUAAGUUCACCAUUUAAAACGCCUCUAAAAUACUCUCACUGCACUUGAACCUACACCUUGCGCUCACAUGGACCGGAUAGAUGAUCUUACAGUUUGUCGCCUGCGUAAUAGGCAAACCCGGAGGAUGCCUCCAAGAUAAUCAAACUGGAGGUUUCAAAAAUAAAACUUCUGCCAU